AUGGCCUUGACUGUGGAGACCGAAUCGCACAUCUACCGAGUUUUGCGCAUGGCGUCUGGGGCUGCUGCCCACCUUCUGGCUCUGGGCUUCACCAUCUUUGUGGCUGUGCUUGCCAGGCCUGGCUCCAGCCUAUUUUCCUGGCACCCGGUGUUUAUGUCUCUUGCUUUCUCCUUCCUGAUGACCGAGGCACUACUAGUGUUCUCUCCUGAAAGUUCGUUGCUGCGCUCCCUCUCAAGGAAGGGCCGAGCACGCUGUCAUUGGGUGCUGCAGCUGUUGGCCCUACUGUCUGCGCUGCUGGGCCUGGGCCUGAUCGUCCUCAACAAGGAGCAGCAGGGCAAAGCCCACCUGACUACAUGGCAUGGCUGGGCAGGGCUGCUGGCUGUACUGUGGGCGGGGCUGCAGUGCUCAGGUGGAGUCGGGCUGCUGUACCCUAAGCUCUUGCCCAGAUGGCCCCUGGCCAAGCUCAAGUUGUAUCAUGCCACUUCAGGGCUGGUGGGCUACCUUCUGGGUAGUGCAAGCCUCUUGCUGGGUAUGCGCUCACUAUGGUUCACUGCUACAGUCACUGGUGGAGCCUGGUACCUGGCUGUGCUUUGUCCUGUCAUCACCAGCCUUGUCAUCAUGAAUCAGGUGAGCAACGCCUAUUUGUAUCGAAAGAGGAUCCAGCCAUGA